AUGAAUAACAACCUGAUGCUGUCACUUAACAACGCCAAGGACUACCUGAAAAGCAGAAACGAAAAUGGCCAAUCCGUGUAUAACCACAUAUGUGAUUUGAUAAAUUUUAUCAUCGUGGAAAAGCCAGAAAAGAGUUAUGAACAUUUCGAAAUGAUCUCUAGUCAUAUAAAGGAAAUUAAAAAGGGGGACUCUGUUUCGGCUCCGUCUGCCACAUCAUAUGCCUCUUCUCCCCACCACGGCAGGAGCAAAACAUUUAAGGAGCCCAACUUGAGGGACGUCAAUUUAGACAACUACAUAUUGCAGGAUUAUAUAAAAAACAAAAAAGACUGGCUAGCCAAAAUAAAAUUCUCACUCCAGAAAAGAGUACAGCACAAAUCUGCCCACUUACCUUUUUUAAAAAAUUUUUACGAGCAAGCGAAAUUAAUUAACUGGGCAGGAUACAACAUAGGGAGCGAUUCUGUUUGGCUCAUAAAUGAAUCUUUGAAAGAUGUCCUCGAAAAAUAUAAAAAUGACUUGGCCUCCCUACAUUUCUGGGGAAUACUCAAAGGGGUAAAAAAUGACUACUACAUUUUGGAAGGGCUUCUAAAGGGAGACUCCAGUUUCCUGUUUCAGAGGAAGGGGGAAAAAUCUGCACCUUCGGAGGAUUCGAAUGGAGGGGAGUCCUCCAGGAGCGGACGGUCCGCAUCAUCAGAUGGGGGGGAGCAAGAAGAUGAGGACGAAGAAGACGACGAGGAGGAGGACGACGAAGAAGAAGACCACAAUGACGAAGAGCAGGAGGGCCGAAAUAAGAAUCACAGAAAAUCAACAAAUAGAAAGGGGAAAAAUAAAUCAACGGAUAACCACCAGCUGAAAUACAAAAAGGAAGACUUUGUCACUUUCAACAAGAGGGUCAAUAGGCAUGUGUACUGGGCGUCCGUGAACGGAACGAAUGAAUGGGUUCUCCUAAAACCUACGACACCAGAGUACAUCCAAAUGGCUAGUAAAACGAAUAAAAUGCUUACAGGAGAUAUGAACAAAAUAAUAACCGCCUUUCCAAACAUUGCCAUAAAGGAAAAGCACUACCUCAGAGCGCUCAUUUCGCUCAUAUCUUCCUACACACAUAUAUCGCCAAAGAAGUAUUACAUCACCAGGGGGGCAGAAAAAAAACAGGUAACUGGGAAGAGGAAAAAAGGAGGCACAGAUCAAAUUAGUGAUGCGGAUGAAGAUGAACCGGAUUACUCUGGUGCGUCUAACGAAAAAAAUGACGAUUCUAGCGAAACGAAGGAUGAAAAUGAAUGUACGGACAAUGAUGAAGAGGACGAGGGGAAGGACGGAGAUGGAGACAAACGGAACGGAAAUCUUGACAAUGAUAACCACGAUGCUUGGGAUGAUAUUCUAAUAGAAAAUAAAAAAUUCCAAUUCGAUGCAAAUUCCCUGUCACGUCUAGAAAACUGGGUUCACUGCAAACAUAACUUCCUGCCAAAUGGACAUGUCUGCUACCCCAAGGAUGGACGCACGAAAAAUGGGGGACGAGCAAGUAACGCCAAAAUGAAACACAUUAUUAAACAUAACCCACCUUUAAAAAUCCUAAGAGGCAUUAAUACACAAAACGAAAACCAAGGUGCCCCUACGUGGAAAUUGAAGCACCUCAAUCCUGGCCAAUACUACGGAGCUCAUAGUUUCCAUUACGAUGUAAUAGUCCUAUACAACUUUACGUUUUAUGGCGCCUUUACAGUUUACUCAAAUAAGCAAUUUUUUAACUUUUACAUUGGAAAUGGGAUAAAAUCCAAGCACUCGUUUAUUCAUACUUAUCAGCCUGGUAAAGUCGAAUCGGACGAGAGUGAGUUGUCCGAGAUGGACCACUCAAGCUGA